GAUAAAAGUAAUAUACAGUCAUAAAAACACAUCUUACAAACGGUUACAAUGCCAUUGUUGUGUUUCAUUACAUGGAUAAACCUAUAUUGAUCUACUCUAUAAAAUAAUAGUUGUACCACGCGCCAGACUUUUAAUCCGGCCAAGGAUACAACACUAACCCUAAUAAUAAUUAGAUCUACUAUGAUUGAAUAUUCUUAGACGAUUCCUGCCAAACCGACGAACUCCUUCAAUGAAGCCGUCGCUGCCAUAUCUGCAUACAUCACCGACGAAACCGUCUCCAUACUAACAAACAUUAACAAGGAUGCUACUGCCAUACCUGCAAACAUCGAUAAAGAUAUUACCGGCAUAUUGUAAAUUAUAAUCUACAAGCUGUUAAAACUAAAUUAAAACACAACAAGAAUGCUAAAGAAUAUGAAUAGAAUUAUUUCCCCAUCCUUCCAUGGUGGAAAGAUGGGGGAAAGUUAAUUUUGUUUUGUAGGGUUUGAGGGAGAGGAAGGCGGCCAGAGAGAGAGAGAGAGAGAGAGAGAGAGAGAGAGAGAGAGAGGGUUUUCGAUGUUUGAUUUUUAAGGAUUGCAUUUGACUCCAUCAGAAUCCAGAGACAUGGAGUAAAGCUGUUUGACAUAUACCCUUUAAACUUUGAUAGUUUAUUCUUGUACUACUCUUAAUUCAAAUAAUACUCUCUCUGUCUCGAAAUGAUUAUUCAAUUUAAAUAUUUUUUGUACAAUUUAAAUUAAAAUUAAAAAUUCAAACUGUACAAUAAUUUCGAGAAAGAAGGAGGACAUGUACAUUUGAUCCCUCAAAUUUCAAAAAUUGAAAAUUAUUAUUUUCGACAGUCCAUGGGGGCAUCUCAAGAAAAAAAUUCAGAAAAAAAAAUGCUACCAAUAUAAUCACUAUAAUUUGAAUUAUGUUCUGAAAUCCAGACAAAUCUGCAUUGGGAAUGAAAAGACUACUGACAAGGAGUUGAUGAUGACAACAAUAAGGUUUGGAGUUUGGACAAAAACAUGUGAGAGAGCUGCUACUCAAAAUAAAAUGAAUAACUCCUCCUUUGAAUCUUGAGAAACUGAAAAACUUUCCCACCCCCUUAAAUUCAUUCAAAUAAAACGCUUCCCUUUCUCCCUUUUCUUCAGUAGCUUCCUCUCACUUCUCAGCUUGGGAGGUUUUGCUCAAAAAUGGGCAUGGCAAAUCUUCUACUUUUUUGCUCUUUACUGGCAACAACAUAUGUUCUCAAGGAGCGGUUUUCUGUGGAAGGCAAAUAUGAAAAACUUGGGUCAACAUUGUCAUCAGAAUCAAAAAGCUGCGAUCUUUACAAAGGGAGUUGGGUUUCUGAUGAUUCUCUAAUACCUUACUAUGAUGCAUUGAGCUGCCCUUUUAUCGAUCCUGGGUUGAACUGCCAGAAGAAUGGCAGGCCUGAUAACUUGUAUUUGAAAUACAGAUGGAAUCCAGUUCAGUGUCAGCUCUCCAGGUAAGGAAUUUCUGUUCAAUAUCAUUACAGCCCAAAUCCCUUUUCUUUUUCUUUUUUUUUUGCAAAUUGAUGUUUGAUGUUCUUGUCCUUUCCCUUGGAGCAUUAUCAAUUUAUCACCAUCAGUGUGGGGUAUAAGUCAGAACCUCAAAAUGACUGAUUGUGUUUUAUGUAUCCAAUUUCAUAUGAAAAGAAAGUAGUCUGAUUCAAUACUGAGUUUCUGAACUGAGUGAUGUGGCCUGCUGGUUGUUGAUGAUGGAUGACAGGUUUGAUGGGCAAAAAAUUCUGCAGAAGUUAAGUGGUAAGAAAAUAAUGUUUGUCGGGGAUUCACUGAGCAAUAACCAGUGGCAAUCACUAGCCUGCAUACUUCAUUUUGCUGUCCCAAAUGCCAAUUAUACCUUGGUCGCUAGAGGCCCAAUCGUGACUCUUUCUUUUCCGGAAUAUGGGGUGUCGGUGAUGUUCUUAAAGAAUGGAUUUUUGGUGGAUGUGGUGUCUGAGAAAGUAGGUCGAGUUUUGAAGCUUGAUACCCUCACAAGAACUCAACACUGGAAAGGGAUCGACGUUCUUAUCUUCGACACUUAUCACUGGUGGAUGCAUACCGGAAGCCAUAAAACGUGGGACUACUUUCAAAUUGGUGACAAGUUGAUCAAGGAUAUGGAUUCCAUGGAUGCAUACAAGACGGCAUUGACUACAUGGGCCAAUUGGGUCGACUCCAACAUUGAUCCUGCCAAAACUAGAGUCUUCUUCCAAGGGAUCUCUGCCGUUCAUGUUCAGGGGAAUGGAUGGGGUGAACCAUCGGUGCCAAACUGCUUUGGACAAACCAAGCCGAUUAAAGGAGCAGAAUUUCCAGGGCAACAUUAUCCAGGAGAAGCAGUGAUCAAGGACGUUCUCAAUAGUAUGAAACUGCCUGUUAACUUACUAGAUAUCACGCUGCUUACUCAAUUAAGAAAGGAUGGACAUCCAUCCAACUACACAAAAGGAGGUCAAGAUUGUAGUCAUUGGUGUCUACCUGGAGUUCCAGAUACCUGGAAUGAAAUUCUGUACACUAUCCUUAUUGAUUAAUGAAAUGGACCCUUCUUUUUGAAGGGAUGGCAGAAUAAUCGGUAGAGCUCAGUAGAAUUUACUGCUCGAUAAAUUCUAGAAAUACAUUGAUCUAACAUGGCAUUGAUUCGUUGCUACAACUUCUAUACGUUCUUGCUACUCAACAAUUAAUCAUCAAAUGUGAUUCUCAUAUCACUUGUCUUGCAUACAUAUUCGGCAUUAGUGAAGCUACACAACAACCUCCGGAUACUAUUGAAUGCACAAAAUGGAACAAGGAAAGUUAUUAAGGGAAAUUCGCAAAGGACCUAAUGUCCCAAUGCCAUCAUAGAAACUAAACACUUAACUGAACAGACAGGCCAAUACUGGAUACAAAGAAAAACAGUAUGAAUAGCAGAAGAUGAACUUAUCAUUGUUUCCAAAUGCAACUUGACAGUAUAAUCUACACCUUUUGUAUCCUUUUGUCUGUUAAGGGCAACUCGAUGGGCUUUUGUGCUUCAUGGGGAUGGGUUGGACCUUUGUAUACCUUCAGAUGGUUGAAUAAUGCCCUGCCCAACUGCGUAAACAAUGCAGAAAAUCACAUGACGCAAAUAUAAAUAUGAGCCUUACACAAGAAAUAGACUCCUAAUAAUAGCAUCCACAUCAGAUCAGAACUCAACAAACAAAAGACGCAAAUUCUAUUUGCAGCACAAUUGUACUUGUACAGACAUAAAUUUUUUACUCUCCCUAUCCACUGGCAUGCUGAGUUGUUGUAGUUAUAAAUCCAAUUGAUAUCUAACAAAUGUUUAAUCACACUAAUUGAAGCUAAUGUUGCUCCAUAAUACUCAAAAAGGCCACCAGUUUCACUGAUCUUCAAUGAGGUACGGCUCCAUAGUUCAGUGUUUUGAAUAAUAUGAGUUAGAACUUAGCAAAGAGGUAUCCAGGUGUGCAUGGAAACCUUUUUGGCUUAGCUAUUUCAUUGUUUAACAACAUCUAGCAAUUCGAGUUGUAGUCUCAUACUCAGAUGAACAAGUUUAUAUACAAUGGAGGAAACUUACCCGUCCUUUUGGAAGCAUUCCAC